GUCCGCACCAUGACCCACGAGAAUCGACUAAAGAUACCAUCACGGACUUGAAUGCCAUCCUUACAAGACAGACGGCAACCGUUAGAAGAUGAGAGAUAGCGCAAAUGCUGAUGCAUCCCACCUGGACAAAUCGCACAAUGACAAAGAAGAUGACUAAAUACAAAUUAAAAAAAAGGUUAAAAAAGAAAAGGCAACUGCCAGCUCAAGCCUUUCUAAGACACCCACAAAAACAUGAAUAGUGUCAGUUUAAUCAGCAGUUGUGUUCAUCUUUUGCUUGUGUUGUAACUGCGGAGAAGAAAUGGCGACUGAUAUUGCGGUGAUUCAAAGUGGGUCAGUGAGCACUGGAUGCUGCAAGCAUGGACCGGGAUAUGCUACUCCACUUGAGGCCAUGGCUGGUCCUAGAGAGAAACUUAUCUAUGUUACUUGUGUUUACUCUGGAACUGGAAGAGAGAAGCCUGAUUAUCUAUCCACAGUGGAUGUGGAUCCUGCCUCACCUACUUUUUCAAAGGUCAUCCACAGGCUGCCUAUGCCAUAUGUUGGUGAUGAACUCCAUCAUUCUGGCUGGAAUUCAUGCAGCUCUUGCUAUGGAGAUUCAUCUGCGCAACGGCGUUUUCUGGUCUUGCCUUCUUUAGUAUCUGGCCGCAUCUAUGCUGUUGACACAUUGAAAAAUCCAAAGGCACCCUCUUUGCAUAAAGUUGUUGAACCUGCAGAAAUUGUACAAAAAACUGGAUUAGCAUAUCCACACACAGCCCAUUGCCUGGCUUCUGGUGAUAUAAUGGUGUCAUGCAUUGGAGAUAAAGACGGAAAUGCUGAGGGAAAUGGUUUCCUUCUUCUUGACUCAGAAUUUAAUGUGAAAGGAAGGUGGGAGAAACCAGGACAUAGCCCUCAAUUUGGCUAUGAUUUUUGGUACCAACCUCGACAUGAAACAAUGAUCAGCUCAUCAUGGGGAGCACCUGCAGCUUUCACCAAAGGUUUCAACCUUCAGCAUGUCUCAGAUGGUCUCUAUGGAAGGCAUCUGUAUGUAUACAGCUGGCCAGAGGGUGAACUAAAACAAACAUUGGAUCUUGGGAGUUCCGGACUCAUUCCCCUGGAGACAAGGUUCCUGCAUGAUCCCUCUAAAGAUACAGGGUAUGUUGGGUGUGCCUUAACAAGUAACAUGGUGAGAUUCUUCAAAACCCAAGAUGGGUCAUGGAGCCAUGAGGUGGCUAUAUCAGUGGAACCAUUGAAGGUGCAAAAUUGGAUACUUCCUGAAAUGCCUGGACUUAUAACUGACUUUCUGAUCUCUCUUGAUGAUCGAUUUCUUUACUUUGUGAACUGGCUUCAUGGAGAUAUCCGACAGUAUAACAUUGCGGACCCAAAAAAUCCUGUAUUGACAGGUCAAGUAUGGGUAGGCGGGCUGAUUAAAAAAGGAAGCCCAGUAGUGGUCCUGAAAGACAAUGGUGAAACAUGGCAGGCUGAUGUUCCAGAGAUCCAGGGACAUCAAUUGAGAGGUGGACCUCAGAUGAUACAGUUAAGCUUGGACGGGAAGCGGCUCUAUGUUACCAACUCACUUUUUAGUGCAUGGGAUCGCCAAUUCUAUCCCGAUCUCAUGGAGAAGGGAUCCCAUAUGUUGCAGAUUGAUGCUGAUACUGAGAAGGGUGGUCUUGCUAUAAACCCCAACUUUUUUGUGGACUUCGAAGCUGAACCUGGGGGUCCUUCCCUAGCCCAUGAGAUGAGGUAUCCUGGUGGUGACUGUACUUCAGAUAUAUGGAUUUAAGCAUCAUGUUGAGGCAGGCAGAUUACAAAUUGAUGCUAGUAACUAAAACUCAAGUCUGCUCCACUCUGUAAUUGCAGCUUCACAUCAGCUCAGAUUGCUGAUUAAUAAUCCUGCUAUAUAGCAGUUGAUGCUAGUAAUAAAAGAUAUUUUCUUUAACAUUUCAA